GGCGAUCUUCGACGUCUCGAGAACCUAGCGGUCUGUAAGACACUAGCAAAACGACGAUCUGCAGCGCCGCUCGGAGGGAGCUGGGAGCACCACGUAAGGUAGUGAAAGCUCGCCAAGGCUGCCACCGCGGCCUCUCCAGCCGGCCGGAGGCUGCCCCUACGCGCCGCGGCAGCAAGGGAAGCACCAAGACAGCACAUCUACAGCACUCUGCAAAGCACCACCACAAGGCGGCAAGGGAAAGCACCAUGGUCCUCCACGCCAACCACCAAUACCGCAUUGGCCCCCAAGGCUCGGCCUACAGCACGGUCACGUCAACGACGGCGGCUUCCACAUUACGCACGGCCUCGAUUCGACAAGAAAGGAGUUGUACAAAACUGGCCAAGCCCAAGCACAAGCCCGAGCCGCCGACCGCGCAGUGCCACUUCCGGUAUGGCCGCGCGGCCAAGCAGGUCUACGAGAAGGGUGGGGAAGAAAUCACGCAGAUCGAGUGGGAAACUUUAAAUGCUUCGCUCCGCAAGACGCUGCGCAUGCUCGAGCACCGCGACGCCGAGCGGCAAGCUUUGGCGACGGCGCGCCUUGCUACGGAAUUCAAGGACUUCACUCCGAAAAUUCCGUGCCCCGAGUACGCGUCUGACUACCAGGCGUUACUCGCAAUUUCGAGAGCGUCGGACCCGCGCAUGUGGCGCAAAGGGAUGAAUGAUGGAUGGGUCGACCUCGAGAAACAGAGCAACAAGGUCUACAUCAAGGAGGGGACGGUUGCCGCGUGUCGCGGCGUGACGUGUGCACCCCUGCGCAUCGCCGACAAGCUUUUUCGCGUCAUCAGGGAACUUUAUUUGCCGGGCCUGGAACUCGGCGACGCGGCCCCGCCGCCGUUCAUUCCCAUAAGCAAGCUGCGGCACCUCGAGACGUUGGUGUUGGCGGACAACGGCUUCGGCGCCGGCAAGGAGCUGGCCAACGGCGACACGUACCACAGCGUGCUCGAUGACCACCUCGCGGACUUUGACCUGCCGUCCCUCAAGGUGCUUGAUUUAACAGGCAACGGCUUCACGGGCGCGUUCCCUUCUAAUGUCGCGGCGCUGACCGGCCUGCGUACUUUACGAUUGGGGCGCAACAAGCUGACCGGGCCGCUUCCCGAGGCGUGGCGGUCGUUACGAAAGCUCGACACGCUCGACGUGCAUUCAAAUAAAUUGACGGGCGAGGCGCUGCCGCCCUGGCUCGUCGAGGGCUGUACAUUAUUGCGCGACUAUCGCGCCGGCGACAACCACCUCACGAGUUUGACCGUGCCGGGGCCCUGCGGCCUGCGGCGCGUCGAGCUCUUCGGCAACGACCUCGAGGGGCCGCUCUCGGAGACCAUUUAUCUGUGCGCGGAACUACGCUACCUCGACCUGUCGAAGAACAGACUGACGGGCGCCCUGCCCGUCGGUGCCCUGGCCUCCCUGCCCCUGACCGGGCUCUAUCUCGUUGGAAACAGGCUGGCGGACCCCAGCGCCGACGGCGCCGACGUACAGUCGCAUUUACCAAAGUGCCUCGUGUCCGUCGACCGAGGACCGCCCCCGGUCGCGGCGAUCGCCGAGACGGUCAUGCCCUUCCAAACCUCUGCGGUCGCCGAGCCGCCGCGGCUGGCGCCCGCGCCGGCGCCGGCGCCAUCGACCGCGCUGUACCGCGACGACGAGGCUACUGCGCCGCCGCCGCCCGAUGCCGUCGAGGACCUGCGCGACGAGCUCGCCGAGACGGAGCGGCGCCUCGUGCGUGCUUUGCGCGACGUCGAAGAUUUGGAGUGCGACAUAAAGGCCCGGCGCCACGACAUCCUGGCGGGCAUGCCGACGGACGAGGACGUCAAGGCGUUCGGUCGCAUUGGGCGGCCCCCGGCGGCGGCCAUGCCGGUUUUCAUGUGCCUCUGCCGCCUGGUCUUCCCCGACGAGAAGCUCAAGGACCGUAAUGAUGAUGACAAGAACUGGAAGAAGCUGCGGGCGUACCUCCUGCGGGACCGGAACACCAUCCUGGACGCGAUACAGGCCUUCGAUGCGCACGCCCACCGCGCGGCGCUCGCGGAGCUCCAGACGCAGUACUUCGCCGAGGUCCGGCCCGAGCAGUUCGCGUCGCGCCGGACGUGGGCGACCUGUAUCGCGGAGACGCGGCCGCCGCUUUCCGACACCGCAGUUGCGCGCCUAACGGCGGUCGCGACGUUCUGCGGGCGGUGGCUCAAAGACCUGCCGGAACGGCUCGAGAUGCAGGACCGCAUCGAGGCGCUCGGCGAAGAGGUCAAGGACCUCCAGGCGAGCCGGCGGGAGACCUUCCGGCGGACUCGAGAUCUCCGAAGCACGGCGGACAAGCUGCUCGAGACGACGCUCCGGAAUCGCGAUACGCCCGAAUUUUACUCCUACUACUAAGUACAUUGUCUUAU